CCAUUUCAAAUAAACCAUCAGGUCAUUGUCAUUGAUAAAAUAGCCGCUUCCAUAUUGAUCAGGAAUCUAGUGGCGUUGCUUAAAACUUCACGGGUUUUUUCUCAAAUAUUUACCACGUUCGUUUUCCCUUUAAAUGAAAAUGAAAAGAGAGCAAGGAGAAGACGAUGGAAAAGAACCUGAACAAUUCAGAAAACUAUUUAUAGGAGGGUUAGACUAUCGUACCACUGACGACUCUCUUAAAAAACAUUUUGAACAAUGGGGCGACAUUGUAGACGUUGUAGUGAUGAAAGAUCCCACCACUAAAAGAUCUAGAGGUUUUGGAUUUAUCACAUAUUCUAGGGCACAUAUGGUUGAUGAUGCUCAGAAUGCCCGUCCACAUAGAGUAGAUGGACGAGUUGUUGAACCAAAAAGGGCUGUACCAAGACAAGAUAUUGGACGUCCAGAAGCUGGAGCAACCGUGAAAAAACUUUUUGUUGGUGGUUUAAAGGAUGAUGUGGAAGAUGAGGACUUGAGAGAACAUUUCAAAGUAUUUGGUACCAUUUUGUCUGUGACAGUAGUAACUGACAAAGACACCGGAAAGAAAAGAGGAUUUGGAUUUAUUGAAUUUGAAGAUUAUGAUUCUGUGGAUAAAAUUUGUUUACAGCGGCACCACACGAUAAAGGGUAAACACAUAGAUGUGAAAAAAGCCCUCAGUAAGGCUGAAAUGGAUCGAGCUACUUCUGGCGGACCAAGCGGCGGCGGCGGUGGUGGUCCCAGAGGUGGAAGAGGUGGUCCCAGAGGAGGUCAAGGUGGUAGUGGAAACUGGAAUCGUGGUCCAGCAGGAGAUUGGUCAGGUAGUAGACCACAAUCGCAAGGGGGCUACAACGGUGGGGCAUGGACCAGCAGUCCCUGGGACAACCAACAACAGAGCAAUUGGGGAGGCCCUAAUGCACCUGCUGGUGGUGGCUACAAUACUGGUCCCAGUGACUGGAACCAGGGUGGUGGAUUUGGAAACUACCAACAAGGUUACGGUGGAGGCGCCGUUAGAAACAAUUACCAUCAGAACCGAUCUGCACCAUAUGGUAAUCCAAGCUAUGGUGGUGGCUACAAUCAAAGCGGCAAUAUGGGAUCAGGAAAUAUGGGAGCUAACAGGAGAUUCUAAAACUGCCACUGUCUUCGACCAUUCAUCAAUGGUGAGUAUGGCCAAUCCGAGAACGUGUAAGUAAAAACGAAUGGAUAUUUUAUUCUAUUUUAUGGAAAGUGGACCUUCACUAUAGUUUAUAUAAAUUUUAUAUUUUUAUAUAUUUAUAUUUUUAAUUUAAUAUAUUGUAACGUUUCGUUCAGAGUUCAGUUCAUUUUUUCUUAUUCCGCGAACGCAAGUCGGUCAAGAAUAUACUACGAACAUUUUUUGUCCACCUUUCAUAUGCAAGUAUAUUUUGGUAAUUCUCUUUGAUACUAUAUGAGUGAAGAUAUAUUCCUCAUUUCAAUAAAAUUCAUUGAAAUAUU